GUCUCGCGCGGGGCGGUAACCACCGAUUUCAGGGGGAGGUGCUUCUCGGCUUCCUCUCUCGCUUGGUGUACACACCCCCGGCACACCACGUGGGCCUAAGGCAAAGAGGGAGGAGGUGUUAGGCCGAAUUCUAGCCUCAUUGGCUGUCGCUGCUGCCGGCUCUGGCAAGAAAUCGUUCUGAUUGGUGCGAAAGGGGGGCGUCGGAGUGGGGGAGGUGGUCUCUGAGUCCUAAGGCUUCUGGUUGGUUAGAUGAGAUAAGCUAGUGAGGCGCGUUCUUCCGCGAGGAAUUUUGAUUGGUCCGCCUGAGAGGUUACCUGGGAAUCCACUCCCUCAAGGGACUUUGAUAGGAUUGGGAAAGGUUCGUGUUCCCGGAGGCUUGGGAGUUGUCAUAAGCUAAAGAGGACUCCCAGUCCCUAGGAAGGGUCACCCCCCCCCCGCCCUUAAAGUUAGCCACUGCCUCAUUUUCAGAAGACCCUGGUGUUUCCAGAGCAGGCUUUGCUUUCACCAAACCCAAGGAAGUGACAGGAGUAGCCCCUGAAAAGGACCUAAGGAUGCUGUGACCAGAAGAUGGGAUCACGGAACAGCAGCAGUGCAGGAUCUGGGUCUGGAGACCCCUCCGAAGGCUUGUCCCGAAGAGGGUCAGGCCUGCAUAGGAGGGAGGAAGAAGAAGAGGAGGAUGAAGAUGUGGAUCUGGCCCAGGUACUGGCCUAUCUCCUCCGAAGAGGACAAGUGAGGUUGGUGCAGGGAGGAGGUGCAGCAAACUUGCAACUCAUCCAGGCCCUCUCGGACUCAGAAGAGGAGCAUGACAGUGCCUGGGACGGUCGUCUUGGGGAUCGAUAUAACCCACCUGUGGAUGCAACUCCUGACACCCGGGAGCUGGAAUGCAAUGACAUCAAGACACAGGUGGAAUUGGCCACAGGGCGGCUGGAGCUUAGACGUGCAGCCCAGGAGCACAGCUUUCCUCAAAUGUUACACCAGAGAGAACGGGGCCUCUGCCACCGAGGAAGCUUCUCUCUUGGAGAACAGUCUCGAGUGAUGUCUCACUUCUUGCCCAAUGAUCUGAGCUUCACUGACACCUACUCUCAGAAGGCUUUCUGUGGCAUCUACAGCAAAGAUGGAAACAUCUUUAUGUCUGCUUGCCAAGACCAGACAAUCCGACUGUAUGACUGCCGGUAUGGCCGCUUCCAUAAAUUCAAGAGCAUCAAGGCCCGGGAUGUAGGCUGGAGUGUUCUGGAUGUGGCCUUCACCCCUGAUGGAAACCACUUCCUCUACUCCAGCUGGUCUGAUUAUAUUCAUAUCUGCAACAUCUACGGGGAAGGAGACACACACACUGCCCUGGAUCUAAGACCAGAUGAGCGUCGCUUUGCUGUCUUCUCCAUUGCUGUUUCCUCAGAUGGGCGAGAAGUACUAGGAGGGGCCAAUGAUGGCUGCCUAUAUGUCUUCGAUCGAGAACAAAACCAGCGCACCCUUCAGAUUGAGUCUCAUGAGGAUGAUGUGAAUGCAGUGGCCUUUGCUGAUAUAAGCUCCCAAAUCCUGUUCUCUGGUGGAGAUGAUGCAAUCUGUAAAGUAUGGGAUCGACGUACCCUGCGAGAGGAUGACCCCAAGCCUGUGGGUGCACUGGCCGGACACCAGGAUGGCAUCACGUUUAUCGACAGCAAGGGUGAUGCCCGCUAUCUCAUCUCCAACUCCAAAGACCAGACCAUCAAGCUCUGGGAUAUCCGACGCUUUUCCAGCCGGGAAGGCAUGGAAGCCUCACGCCAGGCUGCCACACAGCAAAACUGGGACUACCGCUGGCAGCAGGUGCCCAAAAAAGCCUGGCGGAAACUGAAGCUCCCAGGGGACAGCUCCUUAAUGACUUACCGGGGCCAUGGAGUGCUGCACACCCUCAUCCGCUGCCGAUUCUCCCCAACCCAUAGCACAGGCCAGCAGUUCAUCUACAGUGGCUGCUCCACUGGCAAAGUGGUUGUAUAUGACCUCCUCGGUGGCCACAUUGUGAAGAAGCUGAUCAACCACAAGGCCUGUGUGCGUGAUGUCAGUUGGCAUCCCUUUGAAGAGAAGAUUGUCAGCAGUUCGUGGGAUGGAAACUUGCGUCUAUGGCAGUACCGCCAGGCUGAGUACUUCCAAGAUGACAUGCCAGAGUCCGAAGAAUGCUCCAGUGCCCCCACCUCAGUGCCCUCCCCCUCUGUGGCCUUUUCCUCACCCCAGUAGAUCUGAUCUCCAGCCCCUUACAGGGUGAACCUCUCAAGUUCUCUGCCUUCCUUCUUUUUCCCUACUGGGGAAUAUGUGGAGGAAAUACAGAGAUUGGAUGGCGAGAAAACAGGCUCUGAGCCCCCAGCUGAGCCCCGAUCCAUCCCACAGGGCUGAGUGGUCUCCUCAGGCAUUACACCCACUUGGCUUGGGUCUCUAUCUCAAGCCAGAGUCUGGCAGCUUGCCAUUAUCUGGGGUGUGGCUUCUGCCAGCAAGAGAACUGUCAGCCGGGUCCAUUUCCCAGGUCAUCACAUUGAGGAUUAGACUGAUCAAUCAGAGGACCUUUCUUCCUGAGGUCUUCAGGAGAGGGCAGGGUGGAGAGAGGUGUUUCCUCAGCACCCUUCAGGGGUGGGGACUGUGUCUCUUAUACCUGGGUCUUUGAGUUUUGACGGCUGUGUGAGAGGCAGGAGUUCCCAGAAGCUCCAUGGGGCCCAGCGUGGGGCAGGCCCUGCUUCCCAGAGGGUCCUGAUUAUCCUGCUGGAGACCAGCAGCUUCAAGAAAGGAGGUUGAAGUAGGACUCCUUUGUCCUCUUACUGGCUUUGGCUCCCCCAAUAAACUGUCUGUGGGAACCUAGCUCAGUGUUUCUGUCUUGUUCUUUUUCCUAUCUGAAGUCUUAUGUUUUCUUACUUCAAGAAAAUAGUUUCACCAAAGUGUUCAGCUAUCCUACUCUAUAGAAGAAAACAUCCCUUUGAUGCCCCAAGAUGAAAAAAAUAUAUUAAAAUUAUUUUCUAACCAAGUCUUGAGACAGGCCCUCCCCCACCAGCCUCAGAAACUUAGCAUCAGAGUAGACGUGGAGAUAGCAGAAGAUAAGCAUGUUUUCUGAUAGAACCUAAGAGUAUCUGCGUUAGCUCUACUCUGGAGCUAUUUCAGACUUUAGAAGAGGUGGCCCAUGAAUGCAGAACCAGAGAAACUGGCAGAC